AACAAUGGCUGCACGAAUGUACAUUCAUUCAUAAUAUACUCUCAACUGAGUAUGGGCCAUGUUUCGCCAUAUGGUGUGUAUACUGUUGGUGUUGGCGGCGAUCACCGUGUCGAAAAUAGUCAUCGACCAUCAAAUGAUAUCACAAAAGCCACCAAAAAUGACUUAUCAUGAAAUUUCCGAUUUGAAAACAGAAGUGAGACGGAAUAGAUCUGGAUUAUCAGCGGUAGAGACGAAACAGUACGGUGUGAGAGGUAAGAUCAACUGGCCGAAUACUUCCGCGACAGUUCAACCAUCCAUGCCUGAUAUUACCGGCUUACGUCAUGUACAGAACAGCGCAUUGACGCAGCAUACAUAUUUGAAGACACACAAUUUUUCAUCCGUGUUAACAAAAAAUGCGAGUUCAUCGAUAGGGGACGCGGCUCACACCAACGAUACUCUCCGAAUACCAAAGUAUUUAUUUCCCGUUAUCUUCUGGGAAGGUGGUCCAAAUUGGAACUAUCUGAGCUUCAGACGGGCUAUUGCCAUGGCAAUGUCAUUAAACCGGACAUUGGUAAUGAUACCUUUCCAUAAUCAUCAUAUAAACGGCUGGCACAAAGGAUGGAGAUCAUUUCAGGAGACAUUCGACAUUACUAAAUUAAAGGGACAUUGUUCCCCUAGCAACACCUUCAGAAUUCCGCGUGAACUGCAUGAGUGAAGUCAACUUUCUUAUCCAGUUUAAUAUGUCUCGUUACUCGGAAUCCUUGUCGAAAUUCUACCGGAGUCAAUACGAACGGACACGGGAUGAUUUCAAUAGCCUGUGGGGGAUACGGCUUCCUAAUAUCUCUGACGCUCAAUCAUUCAUAAAUAAAGCGAACCCAGCAACGAACCUGGAUGUAGUGAGUGAUAUCAGAUGUCUUGGAGUACACGGACCAUUGCAGAUUAAAAAUCUUGACAUACCCGGCGAAAUAGAUCUUUAUAAAACUGUGGACAAAAACUUUGUUCGAACGGAAUACGUAAGAAACACAGCAGACAGGUUAUCUGACAAUAUUUGCCUUGGGAAACCGUAUGUAUGUAUUCACUGGAGAAAUAGAACGGGAGAAAUUUGUGAAUUUAACUUGCUGCUCAAUGGUGCCGAGAAUUGCCCUCACACCAUGCCCCUUCUAUCCGGAUCAAGUAAUAAAACAGCUCAAGCGGUCAGAGACUUCAUGCAAUCUAAGAGGAUUAAGUGUGCAUAUGUAGCAGCGCCCCCAAGACAACAGGAAUUUAUAGAUGACCUGAGAAGUGAACAACAGCUGCAGGUAUUUACAUCCAAGAAGAUUAUUUCCAUGAAAGACAAAGACGCCCGUCGUUUGAGAAUCGCAGGUGUUUAUAAGCUGUGGAAAAUCAAACUGGUCAAUUUUUAUUAA